GCUUACAGUAAUGUAAUAUCUCAGUUAGAAGGGGCAGUAUGACUGGAUACUGAAUGCUGCUACACCUGGAAAUCCUCCGGCAGAUCAGCUAUGGGGACACUUCUAGCUGCCUGGGAACUGCCCUGAUAGGAAACAGACACCGAGACUCUGCAUCUGUCAUUGCUCAAAGUAAUAGAAGGCACUAAAUGAAACUCUGGAAUAAAUAAAAACCUGGAAUAACCUCUAGGCAAAAAAGUUUCCGGAUAUAAGCACAUCCCAAAAAUGUCGGAAAGGAGCAACGUGAGAGUGGCUGUUAGGGUUCGGCCAAUGAACCAAAGAGAGAAGGAGAAACACCCAGUUGGUGUUAUUUCUAUGAGUGGAACUAAGACAAUUCUGCAGAGCAAUGCUACUGUCAGUCCAGGUAAAGUACAAAAAGGACCUAAAGAAUUCACCUAUGAUCAUUGCUUCUGGUCGGCAGAUGAUUCAGACCCUGAUACUUAUGCAGGGCAGGAAGAAGUGUUUAAAACACUUGAGGAAGGAACUAUAGAGAAUAUUUACCAAGGAUACAAUGUUUGCAUUUUUGCCUAUGGACAAACAGGUUCAGGAAAAACAUACACCAUGAUGGGAAGGGAUGAUGAACCAGGUUUGAUCCCAAGAUUCUGCCGUGCCUUACUGAACAGAAAAUCUAAAGGCACCGUAAGAGUUGAACUUUCUUAUAUGGAAAUAUACAAUGAAAAGGUGAGGGAUCUGUUAGAGCUGAAAAAGAGCAAAAAAGAACUCAGUGUUCGGGAACAUAAUAUUCUUGGACCAUAUGUAGAAGGAUUGUCCCAGCAUGCUGUUAGCACAUGGGAGGAUAUCAAACUACUGCUUUUAGCUGGAAAUAAAUGCAGGACCACAGCUGCAACUAAAAUGAAUGAAGAAAGUAGCCGUUCACAUGCCAUCUUUACCCUCGCUAUAACUCAGAUGUUUCCCAACCAAGCGUCUGGUACCUCAAAAGAACUUCAUAGCAAAUUCAAUCUGGUGGAUCUCGCUGGUAGUGAGAGGGCAUCUAAAUCAGGGGCUCAAGGAAAACAACUGGUAGAAAGUGGCAACAUUAAUAAAUCUCUUACAUCCUUAGGCAGGAUUAUAUCAUCUUUGGCUGAAUGUAAGGGCAGAAGAUCGAGCAGUUAUGUGAGCUAUAGAGAGUCUGUGCUCACGUGGCUUCUGAAAAACAGCCUGGGAGGAAACAGCAAAACAGUCAUGUUGGCCACCAUUAGUCCUGCUGAAGAUAAUUAUGGGGAGACCCAUUCUACUUUGGUAUAUGCAGAAAGAGCAAGAAAAAUAGUCAAUCAAGCUACGGUGAAUGAAGAUACCAAGUGCAAAGCUGUUGCUACAUUACAGAAAGAGGUGCAAAAUUUAAAAGAACAACUCAAGCGUGCUAAAAGUCAGCAAUCUCCGGAGCUACAAUCAAAACUAAAAGAAUCAGAGAAUCUUCUAAAACAACUCAACUUAAGCUGGGAAGAAAAGCUGAAGAAAACAGAAGAAAAUGCCAAACUGAUGCAAAAGUAUUUGGAAAGCAUGGGCAUUUCAGUAGAUGCUUCUGGUAUAAAGUGUGCCAAAGAGCAAUGUUGUCUUGUUAACUUGAAUCCUGACCCAGAAUCCAAUGAUUACCUAUUAUAUUAUUUAACAGAUCAUAAUAAAAUAGGUGCAGGUUCUUCACAAGAUUUCCAGUUAACUGGACCUGGAAUAGAGGAAGAGCACUGUGUGAUAACCAUGACUCCUGAUGGAGAUGUGUUUCUUGUUCCAAGCACCAAAACUGAGACAAAAGUAAAUGGCGCUCUGGUUCAGGAGAGCAUUCAGUUAUAUCAUGAAGAUAAAAUAAACUUAGGACUUAAUUACUCGUUUAUUCUAAAUCAGCCAAAAAAAAGGCAGCCAAACUCCCUAAGUGAAAAUAAGCAUAAAGUAGAAAAGAAUGAAAUGUCUACUGAUCAUGAAAGUAUUAAUGAAAGUAACCCCAAGCAUGAGUCCGGCAUACAGGAGCAACAUCCAUAUUACCAGCUAAGUGGAAGUCAAGAUGAUGACAAUGAACUUACAAAGACUUUCCAUAUAAAUCCAAAAAAAGAGGAAAUUUCUACAGAAUCACGCUCACAUGAUUCUCAUUCAACAUCAUCCAUUGAAAAGGUUCUUGCUUUACUACAAAAAUCACAAGAAUCAUUAACAGAACUUCAGCAGAACUUUACAAACUUGGUGGAGAAGCUAGAGUCGAAACAGCUUAUAACCCAGCAGGAUUGCGCUGGUCUUGAAAAUAAGGAAGACGUGGUUUUGAAAUAUGAAAUCUUACUCAACAUCAUCGCUGAGAAAGGAGAGAAUGCCUGCACCGAAUUUCUGGAUCUGCUUGGAAAAGAUAAGGUUGAUAUGAACAAGGAUAAUGAUGAUGACAGAAAAGAACAAAAUACAGAAACAGAAACUGCCAAAGAUCAAUCACAGCCAAAUAACGACAAGAAUGAAGUUGCUGAAAAAGAAGAAACCACAGAAGCAUUAAAUGAAAAGUCAGAUGUUGCAAAGACAGAGAACGGAGCUGAAAGGGAAGAAGAAAACACAGGGCCUUCCAAAAAUCAUUCAGAUAACGAUACAAAGAAAAAUAGUGAAGAUGAAUGCACAGAAGAAAACACUUCCAUAGACAAGAAAACCUUAUAUAGAGACUUAUUGAAGAAGAUGAACAUGGAUCCAUAUGAAAUGAAAAAUUUAACCUUACAAGACAUUCUUCAGAUUGAUCAAGAAUGUUUAGAGAAGAUGGACAAUUGGCAAAGAAAGUCUGCAGCCAUGAAUUUUAUACAUAAAAUAAUUGCAUUAAAUGGAACAGCCAGAAGCAUAAUUACAUCAAGUGAGAACGAGAGUGAAGAUUCUCAGGAUGAUCCAGAUGAUGUAACUUGUGACUCAUCUGAUUCUGUUCACCCCCUAGAUGUUCUGUGCCUUGUCCUGCAUUGCUCUGACCUUUUUCUGCAGCAGGAGAUUAUACUGAAAAUGUCUAUGUGCCAAUUUGCUGUCCCUUUUCUGCUCCCUGCUGUUGAUGGGCCAGGCUGUACCUUCAUGCUUUGGGGAAUGAGAGAUAUUGUAAAAAGGUGGAGACCUCAGUCACUGGCAGAAACAAAGGGAUACAUGCAAGAGAAUCUUGUUCAGAUAUCUAUGCCAACAUUCAGUUUUGUUAGAUUUGGGGAAAGUAAAUUAUCUAAAUCUACCAUCCUGAAUCAAGUUCUCAGCCCAACUCAGCAAACCCAAGACUUCUUUGUCCACAGUAAUAUGGAAGGAGCUGAUGUCACAAGGGAAAUCUCUGAAGGUCUUGUAGAAAUAUCCUGGUAUUUUCCCGCUGGUAAAGGUAAUUCGGAUAUUUUCCCAGAGCCAGUUGCAUUUGCAAACCUUCAUGGAAAUCUGAAAGACAGCUUGAACGAGUUUGCAUUUCUAACUCAGAUUUCAUCUACUGUGUUUAUUUUUGUUCAGGAUAUUAAUAAGAAUCUGAUUGACUUUUUAUCCCAGUAUGAAAACUCUCAGGCAAAUUUUGUCAUUAUUUUCAAGGACAGCAGGAAAAUCGACAAAGACACAGGUCUCACAAAUGUGACUGUUGUUCAUUUCAAUAGCAAAGCUAGUGGAGCAACAAUAGCAAAGAAAAUUCGAGCAGCUACUACAGAUUUCAUUAAGAAAAAAUUCCGUGCCCUGAGCCUGGAAGAUAUGGCAGAAAUUGCUCCCAAACUAAGAAUCUCUGUUGAUGAGAACGUUAUAGAAUGUCAGAAUGCAAAAGCAGAUGCCAAAGCAAUAGCAGAUGAGAUCAAAGAUGUUGCUGAGUACAAAAAGGAUACAAUGAGGCUGCAGAGACAUUUGUGGAAAAAGGCUGAACUGGAAAAAGAAAUGUGUCAAAUGAAAAAACAAGGUGAUAAACGUACUGACAGUUACAAAUCAGAACUACAAAAACAAUGUGCAGAAAUACGUGAGAAACAGUUUAAGUAUGAAAUUCCAAAUAGCAUUAGUAAAUUUAUUCAUUCAGUUGUGAAAAAGAACUACACAGAAAUUAGUUAUUUUUUAAAAUGGCUUCGAUUUUAUCUUGAUUUAUCUGCCAGGAAGAACCUCUUUGCUUUACAAGCUGAGUAUAAAGAGAAAUCAGUUCCAGCAUCAAUGAGCAGCAAAGAACUAUCUGGCCUUGAUCAGAAAAUAUCAGACAGUUCCCUGGGGAUUGAACAUUUCCUGAGAGAAUUAGGACAGUUUUAUGAGGCAGAACAUUGCAAGUUCAAGGAGGAAAAUGGAAGUGAAAGAAAAUUCACUAAACUACCUGCAUUUGCUGCUGAUCUCUUACUGGGUGGAUUCCCACUGGAGCUGAUAGAUGGAGAUGCUUCUAAUAUCCCAAUGCAGUGGCUGCAGGAUGUACUGACUGAGCUGGACAAUAAAACAGGAAAAUGCAGCAGAAUGGGGGUAAUCACUGUACUGGGGGUGCAGAGCACAGGGAAAUCCACCCUUCUAAACACAAUGUUUGGGCUGCAGUUCCCAGUCUCUAGUGGACGAUGCACACGAGGAGCUUUUAUGACACUAAUGAAAGUGAGAAAAGAUUUCCAGGAGGAGUUGGGCUGUGAGUUUAUUCUGGUGAUUGAUACUGAAGGCUUGAAAGCUCCUGAACUGGCCUCUUUGAAGGACAGCUAUGAACAUGACAAUGAACUUGCAACACUGGCUGUUGGUUUGAGUGACAUCACAAUUGUAAACAUGGCCAUGGAGAAUACAACUGAGAUGAAGGAUAUUUUGCAGAUAGUGGUCCAUGCCUUCCUUAGAAUGAAAGAGAUUGGAAGGAAACCCAAGUGCCAUUUUGUACACCAGAAUGUAAGUGAUGUUUCUGCUCAUGAAAAUAACAGGCGGGACAGGAUGAAACUUUUGGAGCAACUGAAUGAAAUGACCAAAAUUGCAGCAGAUAUGGAGAAGAAAACUAAAUUUACAGCUUUCUCUGAUAUCAUGAUGUAUGAUCCAGAAAAAGACAAUUUCUACAUUCCAGGUCUCUGGAAUGGAGUCCCACCAAUGGCCUCUAUAAAUAUUGCUUACAGUGAGACCAUCUAUGAGCUCAAAACAUAUUUAAUUGAAUGCAUGAAGAACAAGGGACACAGAAUUGGUGACUUCAUAGAAUGGAUAGAAAGUCUAUGGAGUGCUGUAAAAUAUGAAAAUUUCAUUUUCAGCUUUAAAAACAGCCUAGUAGCAAAUGCCUACAACCAACUGGCUAAGAAAUACUCAGAACUGGAGUGGAAGUUCACUAAGGCAAUGCAUAAAUGGCUAGCAGAGACUGAAACAGUCAUCAAGAAUCAAAAUGCACAAACGAUUGAUAGUGAAGGAGCAAAAUGUAAAAAUGCAGCGUAUUCUAUUCUCAGUGAGGAGGAGGAGAGAAUGAAGAAGGAAUUAGAGAAAUAUUUUUCAAGUGAAAACAAAGAUGCAAGUCUAGUAGAGAGGUACAAAGCUGAAUUUCUAACUAGUGCAAGUUGCCUUAGGAGGAAGCUGGAAGCAUCAUCUCUUAGCAAAUGUGAUGAGGCAAUUCGUAUCCAAAAGGAGAACUUGAAGGUAAAAAAGGUUAUCAGUGCAUACAAAGAAGUUAUUGAUCAAAAGGUCACCAGUCUUGUGAUGAAGUGCAGGGAACAAAAAUAUAAACCUGAUGAAAAAACACUUCAAACAGAAUUUGAGUUAAUGUGGGCAGACACUAUAUCAGAGUUAAAUUUCACUGCCCUUCCAGAACCAAACAUUGAACUUGAUUUUCUUACAUUACUCAAAAAAGAUAUGGCAUCAAAAGCUGUCAAUCAAAGACUGAACAACAUAAAUCAACUUCCAAAGCAGGAAAAACUCCAUGUACAUGAAAAUAUGGUAAAAAGUCUAUUUAGAUUAGUAAAAAAUAAUUUACCUUUUUUGAGUAGAGUUUCUGGCCCUGACAACCGAGAAGUAUUUUUUAAGUCCCUAUCAGACACAUGUUCUGAUUAUAUAAAAGAAAAGCUAAGUUCAGAAUCUGACUAUGAUGAAACAUAUGGGUUGGAACUACUAAAUUUGAUUAAUUCAGUGUGUGAUGGAAAGAACGAUCUUCAGCUCACAGCAGAUACAGAGCUUGAUCUGAAACUCUUUAUUUUGGGUAAUGCAGUUUGUGAUUUCCAACAGAUGCAUAAGGAUUUUGUCAAGAAAAAUGAUCCUCUGAUUUGUCUUGGCGAAUUGAAGACUAAAUAUUGUAACAAUUUUCGAUAUCUGUUUCUGGAGAAAGAUGAAAACUGGGAGCAAGCCAAACAUUUGUGUAAUUUCUGGUUAAAACCAGCUCUGAUUGAGCAGGUAAACAGAAAACUUGGAUUUGAAAUAGUAGAUCAGAUUCUAGACAACAGUGAAUCCAAUCAGUACAGCACCAGAGGAUACUUCCAAUUCACUGUGAUGAAACAGCUUCUAGAAAAGAGUAAUUUCUCUGACUACUUAGAAUACAUCGAUGAUUAUGAAACAUUUGUCAAAAAGUGGAUACAUAACUGUAUUUUAGAAAAAUGUGACUUCCACCAUCUGCAAUCUGUUAUUCUUUCUACCAUCAGAAAAAAGAUAAAGGGAUUCCUAAAUGAGCCAAGGACCCUUCAGUUUCAGAAAAUGUCUGAUUUCCUUGUAUGGCUUAGGGAAGUGCUGAGAAAUGAUCUGGCAUUAUCAGAUGAUAUGAAUGUAUUUUGUCUGAAAGAUGAAGCAAAUAUGAAAGAAUUUGUUGAAGAUCUUGAGAAAUCCCUUAGUGACACCGAAGCAGAAAUCAUAUCCGAGUUGAAAUCAGUGGACAAGGAAACAAUUCUUUCAAAGGUUGUGGUAAAACCAGUUGAUGAAUUGUUUAAGAGAAUUUUUGGAUGUGGGAAGCAAUGCCCAUUCUGUAGAGUUCCCUGUGAAGCUGGUGGGGAGCAUCAUAAAAAUCACUUUGCAUCUAUUCACAAACCUACAGGACUGGGAAGAUACAGAUCCUUUUUCUCACAGACUCUUUGCCAUGAUAUCUGCACCACUAAUAUAUCUGGCAAUAAAUCAUUUAUAGCUGAAAGUCAGUCUUCACAUCCCUAUAAAGAAUACAGAGCAGUUUACCCAGAUUGGGACAUUCUCCCAGACCAAAGUAUUGAGGCCUCUGAUUAUUGGAAAUAUGUUCUUAAAGAAUUCAAUGAUCAGUUUGCAGAAGAAUAUGAGGGCAGACCUGCUGAAUAUCCAGAAGAAUGGAAUACAAUAACUAAAGCACAGGCAGAAAAAUGCGUAGACACUGCAUUUGGCAUGAAAAAACAGAUUUCCUGAAGUAAAUAUAGUGAUGUGCAAAAAAACAUUUCACUCAACCACUUAUUUUUAUAAACCACCAAUUUGUCCAGUAUUGACCCAAGCUGCUGCUGUCUCGAGCAUCAUGUAGAAGUCUAUGCCAGUUGUCCCUUCCCUUUCCUGGAAGUUCUUUAGAUUUUUUAUUCUGGUUUUUUUGUGUGAUAAUUCGAAAAAGUAGAGGUUUUGGUGUGACAAUUUGAAAAAGUUGCAGUUUCGCGACUUUUCUGUGACUUUUUCCCCGCAUGGACUUAUUCAUGCCAGGGAUGGGUUUUUCCAGUCCGGCAUAAAUGGCCUCCUUCACACGUCUUUCAAACCAUCUGCCUUCUUGGGCCAAGGUGUCCUCAAAGGAAUGUCCCUUUUUCUUUAGAUGUAUAUAGACUGCUAAGUCUUUUCCUGGGGAGUUAGCCUAAAUUAGAAUCUUUGUGACUGGAUCACACUUCUACACAUCUGCGACUUUCAGAUAAAACAUAACGGAAUAAGUUUAGUGGCACUUGGAACUUAUGGAUUGGAUGUCUGAGACUGUGCUACCCUUAAGGGUUUUUCCUGAGGAAUUUCCUACCACUUAGUUGAACUGAAGAAGCUGCUUUGAUGAUUGGUGAAAUUUUUUCAAGAAAACUCAAAAAGUUCAGUUGCUUUAGAUUUAAUUCUACUAGUAUAUCAUGAUCUGGGUGAACACAAAUCUUCAUAGACUUUAAACCACAUUGUAUAUUCACCACGAUCUGCAUGUAAUGAAUUCUCCUCUACUUUUUGUACAGCAGAGCACUAAAUACUGUGCUGUGAAUAUAAUUAAACUUUUUUGGGGCGAGUAACGGGUGGAAUAAUACAGUUUAAUAUAUCCUUCUGUUGGGCAUGACAAGUUCUUUAUUUUUGCACACAGCUAUGUCCCUUUCUUACUGAAAUAAAUCUGUUCAUUUUA